AUGUCAAAAAGAUCAUAUAACUCGCGUUCAUCUUUAAAGGAUCCGAAUUCAUUACAACAAAGAUUUAACAGUCCUAUUAUCAGAACUCCUCUUUCAGAUAUCUCAAAUGUUGACUCAACUGCUGAAAGACGUAAGCUUCGGAAAAUAAUAAUUGAUAACAAGAGAUCAAAGAAAUCGUCAUCAUCAACAAAUGUUCCUAACAUUUUGCCUGAGAACAUAAGUUCGCUGCAGUCUUCUAAUAAUACCAAGAGAUCAAAGAAAUCGUCAUCAUCAACAAAUGUUUCUAACAUAUUUCCUGACAACAUAAGUUCGCUGCAGUCUUCUAACACUAUUGAUCGCAACGUAUGCUCCUUUUCUCCUCAUACAAGUAUAAAUCAUACAAGUUCAUUACUUUCAAACAUAACAGAUAACUCCAUAACCAAAUCCACACCGUCAAAUGAAACUCUUAGAUAUUCCAUUUAUCCUCGCAUCAAUAGUAGUAACAAUCAAUCGGUAUUUGGUACUACUUCUACAAUUACAAGGUUGUCUUCCGGUAAACGUAAGCUUGAGCACAAGAAACGUGAUACCACUCCUAUACCUAUGGUCAAUUUGGAUUCUGAUGAAGAUGAUGUUGUUUUAGUUAGAGUGGACGACCCUUACAAAGGGAUUAUUUGGACCAUGGUGACCAAGUUCUUACAUGCCAAAUCUGUAGUGCAAAGUUAUGGACAUCAGAAGGUGGGAAAAGGGCGAAUAACUAUGAAUAAACUAUGUUAUGGUAUGUGUUGUGGGUAUGGUAAAGUUGAGCUACCGCCUUUAAAGGAUGCUCAUCCGUCUUAUCAAAAUUUGUUUUCUUCCAUAAAUGAAAAAAGCAAGUUUUUCCAGAAGAAUAUUAGACGAUACAACUCUAUGUUCUCUUUUACAUCUAUGGGUGGAAAGGUUGAUUCUACUAUUAACAAGGGAAACGCUCCAUUUGUAUAUCGUAUAAGUGGCCAAAACUAUCAUUGCAUCGGUAGUCUUAAACCUUCUAAUGGAAAUCAACCUCAGUUUUUGAAAACAAGCAAAUCUUCGUCCUCUAAUGAUAAAGAGCUUGAUGUUGAAAUGAUACAGUAUUUGAGGAAUUUUUUAGAUUCAGAAAAUAUGUUGGUUAAGACAUAUAGGAUGGUCAGAGACCAUUUUCACGAAUCCCCAGAGGCUAACCUUAAACUCCAUAAAGCUAUAGAUCAUCGUGAUAUUCUUGUGGAGACUCAGUCUGGAAUGCUCCAGCGUAUUAGUGAAUUACAUCCAUCAUAUCUUGCCUUGCAAUAUCCGUUGCUAUUCCCAUAUGGUGAUGAUGGAUAUAGAAUUGAUAUUCCCCAUAGAGAUUUCAUUGUCACGCAAAAGAAAAUAAAGCCAAAGUGCACCAUGAGAGAAUUUUUUGCAUACAGGAUCACCAUGAGAGAAUUUUUUGCAUACAGGAUCCAAGAUAGAAAUUAUGGUUUUUCCUUAAUUCUUAAUGGAAGAAGGUUGUUGCAACAAUUUUUAGUUGAUGCAUAUACUAUGAUCGAGAGCGAGAGGCUACAUUUCAUUCGGAGACAACAAACAAAACUUCGAUCUGAGACAUUUGAAAAUCUUCAGAAGCAUAAAGCUAAAGGAAAACAAACUUUAAAAGACACUGGAAAGGCUGUUAUACUACCUUCUUCAUUUACUGGAGGUGCAAGAUUCAUGCAACAAAACUACCUUGAUGCAAUGGCCUUAUGUAAGUCAUUCGGGUAUCCAGAUUUCUUCAUAACUAUAACUUGUAAUCCAAAAUGGCCAGAAGUAAAGAGAUUUCUAAAAGAUUCUUCCAUCAAAGCUGAAGACAGGCCUGACAUAUUGUGUCGAUUGUUUAAAAUUAAGCUUGAUUCCAUACUGAAAGAUUUGAAGGAUUCGAAUUAUCUCGGUGAGAUUAAUGCUGUUGUUUAUACUAUAGAAUUCCAGAAGCGUGGUCUUCCUCAUGCACAUAUAUGCUUAUUUAUGAAUGUCGAUCACAAACUUCCUACAGUAGAUCACAUAGAUCCAUUCAUAUCCGCUGAGAUUCCUGAUAAAAAUGAAGAUCCGGAACUUUAUUCCUUGGUAAGUGAUUAUAUGAUUCACGGUCCAUGUGGAAAUGCUAAUUUGAAUUGUCCUUGCAUGGUUGACAAAAGAUGUUCAAAAAACUUUCCAAAGAAAUUUUCAUCACAUACAACUGUUGAUUCAAGUGGUUUCCCUGUAUACCGAAGACGCGAUUCCGGACACACAGUUAUAAAAUCUGGUGUUAGUUUGGACAACAGAAGCGUUGUUCCAUAUAACAAAAGACUUCUAAAAAGAUAUCAAGCACACAUAAAUGUAGAAUGGUGUAAUCAAUCUGGUUCAGUUAAAUAUUUGUUCAAGUACAUUAAUAAAGGCCCUGAUAUGGCUACUGUGGUUGUUUCUGGUGUUUCAAAUCCAACCAUUAAGGAUAAGCCAAGAGAUGAGAUCAAGGAAUAUUAUGAUUGCAGAUAUAUUUCAGCUUGUGAAGCAUCAUGGAGAAUAUUCUCAAACGAGGUUCAUUAUAGGUAUCCUGCUGUUAUGAGGCUUCCCUUUCACAUGCCGGGUCAACAGAAUGUUGUGUAUGGUGCGGAUGACGAUAUUGAUAAUGUGUUAAGCAAGCCUUCUGUUGCUUCUUCAAUAUUUGUUGAAUGGAUGAAAUUAAACGAGUCAGAUGAAAAUGCUAGAAAGUUGACUUAUGUCGAGUUUCCUACCAAAUUUGUUUGGAAACCUCAAGAUAGAUCUUGGCAGGUACGUAAGACGUACCAAACUGUUGGACGUAUACAUUCUGUGUCUCCUGCAUUAGGAGAACCUUAUUUUUUGAGGAUACUUCUGAAUAAAGUUAGAGGUCCCAGAUCCUUUGAGGAAAUACGUACUGUUAACGGUCAGUUAUUCCCGACAUUUAGAGAUGCUUGCUACGCAAUGGGGCUCUUAGAUGAUGACAAUGAAUAUGUUGAGGCCAUUAAAGAAGCAAGUUUUGAAGGACAUGCUGGGUAUCUGCGAGCGUUAUUUGCUACAUUGCUGUUGUCAAAUACACUUUCACGGCCAGAGUUUGUUUGGGAGAACACGUGGAAAUACUUAGCAGAUGAUAUUUUAUACAGACGUCAAAAAGAAACAAAUAUUCAAGGUUUACUUCUUCCUGAACAUCAAAUUAAAAACCUUACUUUGUUGGAAAUUGAAAAGUAUUUACUUUCGAAUGGUUCGUCGUUACGAGGAUUUAACACGAUACCUUUCCCUGAUGAUGAUUCGUUACGUGAUGCUACUAAUCGUCUAAUCAAUGAAGAGCUAUCACACGACGUAGAUCAAGUACAAGCUGAGUUUAAUAAUUUGCAUCAAUGUUUGACAGAUGAACAACGAUCUGUUUUUGAGGAAAUAAUGUCAGCAGUUGCAAGCCGUAAAGGAGGGUUAUUUUUCGUCUAUGGUUACGGUGGAACUGGAAAAACGUUUUUAUGGAAAACUUUGUCUUCAGCAGUUCGUUGUAGAGGUGAGAUAGUUUUAAAUGUUGCUUCAAGUGGCAUUGCUUCGUUAUUACUUUCUCGUGGAAGGACAGCCCAUUCUCGCUUCCAUAUCCCAAUUAAUCUGACUGAAGAUUCCAUGUGUCAUAUUAAGCCAAAUAGUGAUAUCGCAAAAUUAUUAAAGGAAACUCAAUUGAUCAUAUGGGAUGAAGCACCGAUGGUCCAUAAACAUGCCUUUGAAGCUUUAGAUAGGACGAUGUCUGACGUAUUUUCUGACGGUAGGAGUAUUCGUUCUGAUGUUCCGUUUGGAGGGAAAGUUUUUGUAUUCGGCGGUGACUUUAGACAAAUCCUACCAGUUAUUCCUAAUGGUACUAGACAACAAAUUGUUUGUGCUUCUUUAAGCUCUUCAUAUAUAUGGUCAAAGUGCAAAUUGUUAAGGUUGACUAAAAACAUGCGCCUAACAAUUGGAGCUGAAAGUUCUGAUAUGGAGUCUAUCAGGGAGUUUGCGAAAUGGCUGCUUGAUAUUGGUGAAGGUAAGUUGGGAGAUGAUAACGAUGGUGAAGCAAUUAUUCAGAUACCAGAUGAUCUAUUAAUCACCGAUAAUUCUGAUCCAAUACAAAGCUUAAUUGACUUCGUCUACCCUUCAAUUAUGGAACAAUUUCGGAAUCCUGGUUUUUUUUCUGAGCGAGCAAUUCUAGCACCAAAAAAUGAUGUAGUUCAUGAAAUUAACGAUCGAUUGCUUUCGUUAUUUCCAGGUGAUGCUAAAGAGUAUUUGAGUUCCGAUAGCAUAUGUCAAACUGAACAAAUGCUUGAUUCAUUUCAAGAAGGUUUAUACUCAACGGAGAACUUAAAUGCUCUUAAGAUUUCAGGCUUGCCUAAUCAUAGAUUAGUUCUUAAAGUUGGUGUUCCUGUCAUGCUUCUACGAAACAUCGAUCAACAAAAAGGUUUAUGUAACGGGACAAGGCUAAGAAUUACUUUUCUAGGCAAACGGGUAAUAGAAGCUGAAGUGAUAUCCGGCGGUAAUAUCGGCACAAGAGUUUUUAUUCCAAGACUUAAUAUGAUUCCGUCAGACAAAAAAAUACCAUUCGAAUUCCAAAGGAGACAAUUUCCUUUAUCAGUUUGUUUUGCCAUGACAAUUAACAAGAGUCAAGGACAAUCUUUAUCAAAAGUUGGUCUGUAUUUGAAAGAUCCUGUGUUCACUCAUGGUCAGUUGUACGUUGCAUUAUCAAGGGUCAAGACCAGAGAAGGAGUUAAAAUAUUGAUAUUUGAUGCUGAGGGAAAACCAACAAAUAAGACGUCUAAUGUAGUCUAUAAAGAAGUCUUUGGUAGCUUAUGA